AUGCAUAUCCCCCAAGUCGUCGUCACUGCCCUGGCUCUCUUCAGCCCAUGGGACAAGCACAUCUGGACUGCCUCAGACGAUACCGUCCGUGGAGGUAUCAGCCAGUCCUACUUCGAUGUCCUUGAGCCAAAGACUCACGAGAACCCCUUCUCUCACCCCAUCGCCAAGUUUUACGGACACUUGGACUACGAGACUCUUGGUGGAUCUGGAUUUGCCACGCAGCGUACAAUUGAUGGUCUUCCGCCUACUGAUCUUUCCAAGUACGACCGUCUCCUUCUUGAGAUCCCCUACUCGGAUGGAAAGAUCUAUACCAUCAACAUCAGAGAUUCAGGCGUUGAGACCAAGGGAGGCAAGGAUCAACCUUCAGUCAACUGGGCUUAUGAUUUCCAGCUCCCUGCUACCAAGGUCGUUGAAGGAGAGAUUGAACUUCACCAGGUUGUCAUCUACUUCAAGGACCUCACCCCAACCGUUCGAGGAACUGUUCAGAAGGAUGCCAAGCCUCUUAACCUGGCCAAAAUCCUUGGUGCCAGUAUCAUGAUUCGCAGCUUCGAGACCACACAGCAAGGCGACUUUGAGCUCAGGAUCAAGUCUGUCACUGCUUUGGGACAGGACUGUGAGGCCCCCAAGAUUGAAGUGUCGUGCGAGAGCCUGUGCGGUAAGAAGAUCGAGGUUUACUAA